UGCUGAUUGGUUCUUACCUCCUCUUGGAACAGACGAAGUUUCUACCGAGUGUGAAAGACAAAAAUGUUCAAUUGAAAGAACAUUGUUUAUUGGACCCGCUGUCAAGCAAAAAUGUAAAUACGAUUAUGUUCAUUUGAAAUAAGAACAUUGUUCAUUCGAGUCAAUAUCCAGAAUAGACAUUUGUUCAACACAUUGAAGUUCUAUGAUAUCAACAACACCGUACGCGAGCACCAUGAGAGCGCCGUACUCGUGUUAGCGUCUGGACUAUCCAGUCCGCAGUACCGGCUUGUCAUCAACGCUCCGGUCUUCAGUAACCAUGAGCUCCUCCGAAGCUUCCACUCCCCCUCCGCUCUCGCGGUCCAACAGUUUGCUGGACGAGAAGAACUCGCCGUCUUCCGAAAAUCUCCAACACUUGUCGUCCAUCUACACUCCAGCCCUCACUAAGGACACGUCAGGUCUGCCGGCAGACACCUUAGACCUGGCGGCAGAUACUUCAGACUUGGCACCUGACACUUCAGACCUGGUGGCAGACCCCUUACAUCUAAAGAGGGAUACCUCAGACCUAAAGGAAGAUGCUUCGUCCCAAGCGACAGGUGACUCCGAUGACGACCACGACUCAACGGCGUCGUCUAAACUCACGGACGACGAUGCUGAAAAUAACGUAGCUUCUGUUGACGAUUCAAAUGAGGAUGAGGGCAAAGAAGACACAGUGGGACUUGAAGACGUGCUGGAUGGUCCUCCCGACGAUGCCACGUCUGCUGAUGUUGUCAUUCGACCAAAAACUACCGUCGAUGGCUGCGUUGCGUCCCACAGAGUUACUCUGGCCACGUCUGAGCUCAACGCCACUCAGAUCCUCAGCCAGAGCCCCAUCUUCAGGAAGAAGUUCACGUCCGAUCAAAAAACUCCGACCAAGUCUCAUCCUCCUGACCUACCUGCUGGCAACGGCUCCCUCAAUGUCAGGUUGGCGGCCUUACAAAGAAGCGGAGAAGAAAGCUGGAAGCAACGGUACCAGAAAGACAAAGACCUGAACUGCAAUGUCACCAUCAGACAAAAGGGCAGUGGCGUGGGCACGAAGGAGAGGCCGGUGAGUCUCAUGGAUCGCAAGUGCAAACUUGAGUCGUCGUCGCAGACCUGGAAGGCUCGAGUCACUGAGUCUGACGCCUCCAAGUUCACCGUGGCCCACAAGAUUGCCAUGUCGGCCUCUGCUUCGUCAGUUCCGUCCAUGGCUUCAUCCCCGGGCAAGGGAAUGGUGCCUUUAUUUCCAGGUUUUAUAUCAUCGUCCUUGAAAAGCAAACUUUCGUCGAUGGCCGCGUCAUCCGCUACGGAUGCACAAACGUCGCCUCCUUCUUCAGACAAUUCUUCUGCUUGUCCUUCUCCAAGUACCAGUCCUCCCGCAACCCGUAACAUCAUCGACAGUCCUUCAAGUGAACGAAAAGUCCGCAAGACUCCACAACCCAAGGUUUUUAAAAGCAAAACGGGCAGUAAUCUCCCUCAGAUGGGUGGCAACAUCCCCAUGAUUAUGCCACAGGGGAUCCGGCCUCCGAGAAUCGACUUCAGGAGAGCUAUUUCUACUCCGUCUGGACAGGAGGAAGACAACACGCAGGAGACCAGCGAGACCGUGGAGCUGUUCGAGGUCGCGGACGAAGAGUUCCACAAGUUCUUCGCCUCCGCGACGACCUCCUCCGUCGUGUGUCCGGGGCAAGAGUCGGACCUCAGCCUGGACCUCGCUGACCUCGACGCCAUCACCAGCAACGUACAAACACUAGGAGUACAGCGACGGCGUGUACAGAAGCACACACGACAUCGUGCUAGUGCGGGUAACCCUGUGCGUGCUGCUGCGUGUAAGGGACUCAUGCAGUACACGCAGCUGCGCCUACACGCAGGCGAGAGGGAGCUACGCAACAACAAAGUGCAGGAGUUAUCGAAGAACUCGACCCUGGCGGUAGAGGCCCUAGCAGGCCUGGCGUCCAAGGAGAACUUCAGCGCCGUGCAGCUGCGCCCCAUGACGGUACAGGACACGCGGGAGCUGCCGCCCUACGUGCACCCCAUGUUGCUGCGCGUCAAGGGGCGGCGCCGCGCUGAGGCAAGACUCAUGCCCCCGCGCCCUGAGAGCGUCAACUCCGGCGAUGACUUCAUCCUUGUUACGCCCUCACAGGUUUACCACUACAAGAGCGAGUUCGCGAACGUGAUCGAGCGCGCGAAGGCGAGCGAGAUCGCGGCGUUCAUCGUCCAGCAGAAAGACCUCGGCGUGACCGCCACGUCGCCCGUCCUUGAAAUUACCGAGAACGUUAAGGGCAUCCGAAGAACGCGCUUCUGGGAAACCCUCGGAGGCGGUAGCGAGAGCACGAGCGCAGGCCCUGACGAAGGCGGUGACGAUGAGGAGGUCGAGGCGUGUCUCGCCCGCAGCAAUAAGGUCUACAAGGUGGAGGGCUGCACGCUGGUGCCCCACGACCUAGCCUGGGGCAAGCCCCCCACUGUAGACCUCCUUCAGUCAGACCAGGUUUUGGUGUUUGACUUCGGAAGCGAAGUUUACUCGUGGUCAGGCAAGCGCGCCGCUGUGGAGGAGAGACGAGCUGCCCUGGAGCUGGCCAAGGAACUCUGGGAGGAGGCGUACGAUUACUCCGACUGUGACAUCAACCCGGUGCUGCCUCUGCCUCAUAACACCACCAUGAAGGGACCAAGGCCGCCAUGGGGCAUUUUAGGCAAGAUAACCGAGAACCUGGAGACUGUGCUCUUCAAGGAGCGCUUCAUUGACUGGCCCGACACUGCCCAGCAGACUCGUAUUAAGGAGGUGAAGGAAGAGCUCCGGCGCAGGCCAGAGCCGGUGUGUCUGCUGCAGCCCUGCUCUGGCGACGACCUGCAGAGCAACGUGCCUGCAGAGCCUGACCUCCUGCUGGAGAUGUCGCACCUCGGCAGAGGCACUGAGUACUACGACGCCCAGGAGCGUCGGUUGUUGGUGGUGACCACGAAGGACUACCGCGUGUGGCACAUUUCAGAGGCGGGCAAGACGUCCCUACCGACCUCCUCGCGCUGCCACUUCCACGCCGCCGACACCUACGUCGUCAGGUGGUAUUACCAGGUCAACGCUACUGGCAGGACGCUCAAGGGUGCCCCCAGCAAGCACGCGGUCACAGGCAGGUCCCGAGUGGCUUACUUCUUCUGGCAAGGCCGCCAGAGUUCCCUCUCCGACAAGGGCGCCUCUGCCCUCAUGACCGUCGAACUGGACGAGGAGAGAGGCCCUCACGUCCGUGUCCCUAUGGGGGCUGAACCUCCUGCUUUCCUCAACUUGUUCUCCGGGGCUCUGGUGAUCCAUAGCGGCAGUCGCGGUGGGACUAAGGACGGACAAGAGGGCAUGGGCACGUGGAGGAUGUUUCUGGUGCGCGGCGAGAAAGAAAAUGAAGCGCAUUUGCUUGAAGUUGCCGUUGACAGGACGCUGCUUAGGUCACGCGGGUGCCUGCUGCUCGUAGACCUCGAGAAGUGCGUCGUGUAUCUAUGGAGCGGCUGUAAGGCGCUGCGUCAUACGCGUCAGAUCGCAAGCACGACGGCCAAGCACCUGGCGGAGAGUACAGCAGCGGACGCUGGCUGGGACCCGUCGAGCAUUCCUACGGUGAAGGAGCAGUACGAAGGCGCUGAGUGCCGCGAGUUUUGGGAGGGCAUGAAACUUGGGGAGGCUGCUAAUCCCCAACCCGCUGCUGUACUGUCUUUGUACUCAGAAGUUCUGAACCACAGCCUGGAGAAAGUCGGAUCUCACUCCAAGCACUUCAAACACAUGUCGUUGCUGGGAGAUACGACCAAUUCAUACGAAUGGACGAUGCGUAUUUGGCGCCUGCAAGCCAAACACGAUCACUUCGAAGCCAACGAGAUCACAUCGACGUACCGACUGCCUGACGUGACUAACCCAUUGCCUUUCAACCAAGACGACCUCUAUGCCGCCCACAUUCAACCUGCACUGUUCCUCGUGGACGCUGGAGGUCGAGUGUGGCUUUGGCAAGGCUGGUGGCCCGCUGAGGGCCAAGACGUCGUCAACGGUGACUCUCACAACACCGACAACAACAAAAACGUCACCAACGCCGACGACGAGAGUGAGCUCGACACCCGCAACAACAACACCAACGGGUUCAGCAACACGACAGGUUCAGCGGCGCUGAGGUUCAACUUCGCGCGCAAGGCUGCGCUGCAGACAGCGCUUAAUUACGCUCAGUCGCUCGGCGACGCUUGCAAGGGUCCGCCGUCCCUCAUCCUGGGAGGUCUGGAGCCGCUCGCAUUCAUUAAUUUGUUCGCGCUGUGGCACUGCCGCCCCGACGUCGCUGCCGCUCAGAGGAAGAGCGGCCGCUACACCGAGGUGCGGGAGUACCCUGUGGAGGAGGUGUUGGCGUCGCUGUCGCGCUCGCACUACAGCGUCCAGGAGCUCAGCGCGCUGCCUGCUCCUGAAGGCGUGGAUCCGUCACGUCUCGAGGACUACCUCACCGACGACGACUUCGUCAAAGUCAUGGGCAAAACCAGAGAAGAGUUCGCGGGAUUACCCCAAUGGAAACAACUCGACUUAAAGAAGAAAGCCAAAUUGUUCUAGGGAAAGUCAUUGAUUCGCGUAGAAAAGUGUGUCAAUUCGAAGUAAUUUUCAUCUCUUUAAUGAUUGAUUCCUUUUGUUUGGCCAUUGAUUAUGUGUUUACGAGAUGACAGUUGUAGUGUGUUUGAAGCUAGUGUGCUCACCCACAACAAAGUGUUCCGGGUGACAAUACAAGUCUCCUGAGAUCCUAUUUAUGUAAUAAACAAACUUCAAGAUGAUGAGCAUUGAAAGAAAAAGUAUUUCCUAUCAAAUACUGGUAAUUAAAUGCCAUUUUUGUGGAUGAAUGAUUUUUAGCGUCAGCGCUAAUUGGAAUGAUUGCCUGACACUUGAUAAUUGAAUGGCUGAAACUAAAUAGAACGCAUUAUUUUGAUAAUUUUAACAUCUGUACAAGAUUUAAAGCCUAGGUAAGGAGGAACACAUCGCCAUAUUAACGUUUCGCUCAAGAACCAAACCUUCUUACCACUCUAGUGUAUUGGUAAUCUAAUACUGGCAUAGUUGUCAUUUUUGUAUAUUGAUUAUCUAAUAACAUUGUACAUUGUUUUAUUAAUGUGAUCGUUAAUGCGAUUGUGCGAGAUAGUUAAGUGCCCAGCACGCAUUCUUCUGCACUGCAUUGCUAAGUCGAUAAAAUGUCUCUAUUCCUGGAAGAUACUAAUGGUUUUCACGAGUUUUAUGGAUUAAUACCGACGAUAUUUGCGACUUGUGCAGUAGAUCAUCAUAGGUUUCUUAGAUCUUUUUAUACCGUUUUGUCUGUUAAGCCGCUGGUGUUGACCACUCCACAAUGCUGCAAAUUUUAAUGUGAUCUUUGCAAUUGACACGUACAGCAAAGAUGCAAGAUGUGGUAGGUUUUUAUGUCCCGAAAAUAA